UAGCAACCUGUGUUACCAGUUGUACAUCUAAAAGCACCUCGCAUCAACCAUUACUUUGGGUCCGGUAUAACGGAAUAUUCCACUUUAAAUCUGAUGGUUACGCAGUAUUCUCGUAUUGUUAUUAGUAACUUGACGUGACUUGUUAGGAUUGAAAAAUUCAUUACUCUUCGAAGUUAUUCACCUACUUACUUGAAAAUUCUUCGAGGACCUUUAUUCGAGUAAUUUCUAUUGAAAUGCCUGUUAAAUUAUUUUACACUAUUGCCAGCCCGCCAGUCAGAGCUGUUAUCCAUACUUUGAAAGCAUUAAAUGUACCGUAUGAAUUGGUAGAUGUGAAUUUGUUAAAAGGAGAACACCGUUCAGAGGAAUUUCUCAAGCUCAAUCCUCAACAUACAGUCCCCACAAUCCAAGAUGAGGAUGGAUUCGCUAUAUGGGAAAGCCACGCCAUCAACGCUUAUUUGGUGAAUAAGUACGGAAAAAAUGAUAAAUUAUAUCCGAAAGAUCCGAAAUCUCGAGCCAUUGUUGAUCAACGACUUCAUUUUGAUAAUGGCGUACUCUUCACUUCACUGAGAACCAUCGCAAGAAAAAUUUUCUUUGAAAAAUCAAUAACAAAAAUCACUGAUGAAUGGAAAUCUUACAUCGAAGAGGGAUACGAUUUCCUGGAAAAAUUCCUGGUUGGAAACCAAUACGCUGCGGGAAAUGAUAUUACGAUUGCGGAUUUCUCAAUUCUUACAACACUCAGCAAUUUGGUUAUUUUUUUGCCGGUGAACAGUGGAAAAUAUCCCUUAAUAACGGAUUAUGUAAAACGCAGCGAAACGAAUAUACCAGGCCUUAAAGAACUGGAAGAUGAAGGAAAACAAAAAAUUUCUGAAAUUCUAAAAUCGUUCAACUUUGAAAAUUUUUGCUUCGGUGGUUGGUGCCUUACCCAACCUACGUUAGUACACUUGUAUUGUUACCCAGUGCCUGACGUGGUCUAUGUAAUUAUUGAAGUUGAAAAUAUUAAAUACACUCCACAAUUGGUCACUUACUCACUAUCUAUAAAAAUUUUUGAAAAUUUUAUUCGAGGAAUUUACAGUUUUUUAAAAAUGCCAGUGAAACUGUACUGCUCCAUUUUUAGUCCAGCAGUUAGAGCUGUGAUCCAUACUUUGAAAGCUUUGAAUGUACCACAUGAAUUGGUGAUUGUGGAUCUGUUGAAAGGGGAACAUCGUUCAGAGGAAUUUCUAAAGCUCAAUCCACAACACACAGUUCCCACGCUACAAGAUGAAGAUGGAUUUGCGAUAUGGGAUAGUCACGCCAUCAACGCUUAUUUGGUGAAUAAAUAUGGAAAAAAUGAUAAAUUGUAUCCAAAUGACCCGAAAGCUCGAGCCGUUAUCGAUCAAAGACUUCAUUUUGAUAGCGGUAUUUUGUUCACAUCGGUGAGAACUAUCGCAAAAAAAAUCUUCGUAGAGAGGAAAAUAACAAAAAUCACUGAUGAGUGGAAAGCUCUAUUUGAAGAGGGAUACGAUUUUCUGGAAAAAUUUCUGGUUGAAAACCAAUACGUUGCUGGAAAUGAAAUUACAAUAGCGGAUUUCUCAAUUCUGACUACUCUCAGUAAUUCUUCAGUAUAUGUGCCAGUGAACAGCAAAAAAUAUCCUUUAAUAACGGAUUAUCUGAGACGUUGCGAAGCGAUUAUACCGGGUUUCAAACAAUUGGAGGAUGAAGGAAAACAAAGCAUUUUGGAAAAUCUGAAAUUAAUAAAUUUUGAAUUUUAACUAAUAAGCUUCAUUGAUUUGCACUAAAAGGUAUUUUAUCAAAUGUUUAAUUUUAAGGCUGUGGUUGAGCCUAAAUUUCAAAACUUUUACAAUUUAUGUAGUUAAUUAAAGAUCAAUAGUUUAUCGCAUCGUAUUUGUUAUUCAUGCACGUUUGUUCCUCUUGUCAUAAAAUACAAUAAAAAUACCUUUGAAUUUUU